GAACGGCUCGAGGAUAACGAUUGGUUGCUCUCAUCUCAUGGGUAGUGGGAUCAACGACAAGCACGUACUAGGAUACAUCUCUCAUGACGGCAGUACUGCCUUGUCCUGGCGCAGCAGCGGCAGGCUGCCUGUCCCAUGCAAUGCUGGUGCAGGCCAGCUCCGACGCAUCGCUAUCUAUUGAUCUCAAAAUAUUUUUUCGCACGAAAAAGAAAACGAAAACGGAAACGAAAACGGGGACAAAUUUCCAGCUCAACACCACGAACUCUCUCCCCCUGUGUAUAAACGUGGCAUGUCGCGCCCUUUCCCAUACCACAUCACCAAGGUAAGCUCGCACGUCAAUUCGCUCUCCACGAUGAAGAUCAUACGGCUGCUCCUCCUCGUGUGCUGCCUCUGCCCGGCGGCGCGCGCCGGGUCGUGCAAGUUCCCGGCCGUGUUCAACUUCGGCGACUCCAACUCCGACACCGGCGGCUUCUGGGCCGCGUUCCCGGCGCAGCAGGCGCCGUUCGGCAUGACCUACUUCCACAGGCCGGCCGGCCGCGCAUCCGACGGCCGCCUCGUCAUCGACUUCGUAGUUCAAGCGUUGGGGCUACCGCUGCUGAGCCCCUACCUGCAGUCCAUCGGGUCCGAUUACCGGCACGGCGCCAACUUCGCGACGCUGGCGUCGACGGCGCUGCUGCCCAAGACGUCGGUGUUCGUCACCGGGACCAGCCCCUUCUCCCUCGGCAUCCAGCUCAACCAGAUGAAGGAGUUCAGGAACAGGGUGAUAAGCUCCAAUGGCAACAAUGGCCAACUUCCUCCCCUUGAUGUCUUUGGCAAUGCUCUUUAUACAAUAGACAUUGGCCAAAAUGAUUUCACCUCAAACCUAGGAUCACUCGGUGUCGAAACAGUCAAGCAAAGUCUCCCUUCAGUUGUCAACCAAAUAUCCUGGACAAUACAGGACUUGUAUAACAUCGGAGCUCGCAACUUCAUGGUGUUUAACAUGGCGCCAAUUGGAUGCUACCUAGCAUUCCUCACGGAGCUUCCGCAUAGCAGCAAUGACUUGGAUGAAUUUGGAUGCAUGAAAACUUACAACAGCGGAGUAGUCUACUUCAAUGAAUUGCUCAACAGCAGCUUGGCUGAGGUCAGGAAGAAGCUGCAGGAUGCGUCGAUCGUGUAUGUUGACAAACAUUCCGUGACGCUUGACCUGUUCCAACAUCCAAAUGCUCAUGGGCUGAAGUAUGGGAAUAAGGCUUGCUGCGGAUAUGGCGGCGGCGCUUACAAUUUCAACCAAGAUGUUUACUGCGGGAACAGCAAGGUCGUGAACAAUCAAACUGUAAGCGCGACAGCUUGUGGAGAUCCGCAAAACUACUUGAGCUGGGACGGAAUCCAUGCCACCGAAGCGGCAAACAAGAUCAUAGCAUCUGCAGUGAUCAGUGGCUCCUAUUCGUAUCCUGCUUUCAAUCUUUCGAAGCUUUGCAGCCCAUAGGCUGAUCACAGCAUCGUUUAGUAAGACUCACAGCAUUGGUCAAAC